AUGCAGGAGGCAUUCCUUGCUUUUUUCCUUUUCUUUAUUGCUGUGCCUAGUUUAGUUACUGAAGGUGCACCAUCUAUCUUUCAAGUAGCUGAUUUUGGUGCUAAAGGAGAUGGCCAAACUGAUGAUUCCAAGGCAUUUCUACAAGCAUGGAAUGCUACAUGUGGAGCUAAGGAUGUUGAUCCCAUCCUCAAUAUACCUUCAGGAAAAACAUUUUUGUUACAACCUCUCAAAUUCUCGGGUCCUUGCGCCUCCGGCAGUGUUCUUGUUAAGGUUGGCGGGAACAUAGUUGCACCAAAAACAGUUUCUGCAUGGGAAAAGACGGCAUCAAAUAGCUGGUUAUUCUUCUCAGGUGUACGCAAUCUUAGCAUUGUCGGUUCCGGCCAAAUCGACGGUCAGGGAUCAGCUUGGUGGACUAAAACUCGUAACUUUUAUUUGCAGGCUCUGCUCCUGGGAGGAUGUGAAAAUUUAAGAGUAACAGGCUUAACUCAUAUGAACAGUCCAAGAAAUCAUAUAUCAAUAGAUAGUUGCACAGGUGUUAUUAUCUCUAAUCUUACUAUAAUUGCACCAGAGGAUAGCCCUAAUACUGAUGGAAUUGAUAUUAUUCGAUCAACUUAUGUUCAGAUUCAAGACUCUAAUAUUUCUACUGGUGAUGAUUGUGUAGCUAUCAAUGGCAAUAACUCUCAUAUCAGAAUUCUCAAUGUUUUUUGCGGCCCUGGUCACGGCAUCAGUGUGGGAAGUUUAGGUGGAAAAGGAAGAAUUGAUAAUGUGGAAGAUGUAUACGUCCACAAUUGUACUUUCAAUGGAACUCAAAAUGGAGCAAGAAUCAAAACAUGGGAGGGUGGCCAAGGAUUUGCAAGGAAUAUUUCUUUCUCUCAAAUUACACUAAUUGCAACUCAAAAUCCUAUAAUCAUUGACCAACAUUACUGCAAUGGUGAACACAACUGCGUAAAUGGGACAACGGCGAUAGCAGUAAGCGAUGUAACGUAUAGUGAUUUCCGAGGAACUUCGUCGAAAGAGGAAGCGAUUAGAUUGGAUUGCAGCGACAUAAACGGCUGCACCAACGUUGUAAUGAACACUGUCCAGAUAACCCCAUCAGACCCAUCGAUUAAUAAAACUACUGCCUAUUGCAAUCAUGCCAAAGGAAUUUAUAAUAAUGUUACACCUAGUGUCGGUUGUCUAACAAGAUCGUGAUCA